AUGGCAAUAGUCGGCGGAAUGAACCCAAAGAUAUCUGAUGCCGUUUGGGGCACGUCGGUCACCCGUCAACCGCGAUUGGAGAAUGCCAGCAAAAUGAAGCUCAACUCUCCCGUGAUUCAGCUCUUUCUCGCGCCCUUUUCAAAUCCCACAAUCAUUACUGAUGAUGUUCGCGAGGUCAAAGAUAUUCUCAGCAACCGCACGCACGAAUUCGAUCGCUCUCCCAGAACACCAGAUGCUUAUCGCUCUCUUCUUCCGCAUUGCAGUUUGGUCAAAGCAACGGGGCCUGCAUUCAAACAACAGAGACGCUUUUGGGAGGGCGUUACCGGCACGCCUUUCCUACGACGCGUCGCUGAGCCCAAGAUGUACCGAUGCGCCCUUGGUCUAAUCGACCUACUCAGAGCUCAGGCCAAAAUGGCCGGUGGUCGACCAUUUUACUGCUUCGACGACUUUGAUGUAGCAGCGUUCGAGCUAAUAUGGGAACUGGUAUUCGGGACCAAUGUCGACGCCAUCAAAAAUGCACGCAACAAGGUCCUCUGUGCAACCUCAGACACGGUCCAACCGCCAUCACUGGACUCGCCGGCUAGAAUUCCAGUCAUUCAGAAGCCUGAUAUGUGCGAGGCCGUGUCGUUCUUUAUAAGCACAGUGGCAAAGUCGCUGAAGUCAGUCUCCCAGACGUGGCACCUUUGGUAUCUCAGACAGCAACCCGUCUACAAGCGGAAAUUAGCUUUCAAAAACAGUACCAUUGACGGGCUUAUUGAAAGCACCCGCUCGGAGCUAGCAGGGCUCUCCGAGGGUCAACUGAUGGAGCUUAAAGAGAGCUCUGCCCUGGUCACUGGUGUACGGCGCCAGCUCUUGGCUCACAUACGUCAGGGGCAGCCCGUCGACGUCCCAUUUCCGGCAUCAGUUCGAGCUGAAAUUCAUGAUGAGCUGUUCAUGAUUCUCGUCGCUGGACACGAGACAAAGGCUGUACUCCUCUCUUGGUCUGUAAAGUUUCUGAUCGCCAAUCCCGAUAAGCAGGAAAAGCUACGAAAAGCCCUUAUCGAUGUUUUGCCUAAAGGUUCGAAUGGAGAGCAGCCUUCAGUGAAAGCUAUCCUUAGCACGUCUAUUCCGUAUCUAGAAGCAUACAUGGAGGAAUCCAUGCGCGCGGCGAACACGUCUCCUCGUCUCGUUCGGAGAACUACCACUGAUACCCAGGUGCUCGGAUACUCAAUCCCAAAGGGCGUUAGUGUACUUCUCAACCCUUAUAUCGGUACACAGCCCCUCGAUAUCCCUGAACAUUUGAGAUCCGAGACUUCCCGUAACUCCAAGGGUAACUUCGAAUCAUACUGGGAUGUCAGCGGCAUGGAUGAUUUUCAACCAGAGCGGUGGCUUGCAGAAGACGGUUCCUUUAAUCCUCGUCAAUUUCCAUGUCUGACAUUCUCUGCGGGUCCGCGGAUGUGCUAUGGCAGAAAUCUCGCGUUGAUGGAAUUUCGCGUAAACCUCGUGCUCCUGGUCUUGAACUUCAAGUUCGACUCUCUUCCCAAAGACUUGGCCAGCAUGGAGUCUCAACAGCGACGUUUCCGAAUGCCACGGCAGUGCUACGUCAGGCUCAGCCCUCUUUGA